CGUCAUUUCCUUUUUCUUCAUGCUACGAAUAAGCAUAGCGGAAGAAUCGAGCAAUAUCGCAUUACCGAAAAUUCUCGUGUAGGAACAGUGACAAGUUUCGAUCUGUAGUCGUAUUAAUUCCUACAUCUUUUUACAAGUGGUCCUUUUAUCGUAAAACGGAUCUCUCUGACAGAACAAACGCUCUUACACGUUUGUUAAAUCGAAGUUUUAACCAAGGACAAUCCGUAGCUAGAGCUUCAAGAUGUACACACGAAGCAGGCAAUCCUACGGCAAUGUAAAAGCUAAAAAGACACGGAAUGCAAAUAAUCCUCAAAGUCAAGGAUCCUAUACACCUAUGUCUUCUAAUACACAAGGAAGUUACCAAACAUCGCAAUCUACGUCCAUUCUACAAAGCGAUUGCAAACAAGGCAACAUACAAAACUCACAAGGCUUCAAAUCACAGUCGCAGCAGCAGCAGCAACAACAACAACAACAGCAGCAGCAGCAGCAACAAUCGCCGCAAAUGUCAGCAGCCACAGCAACACGAUCUUCAUCGAUGGCACCUACGCAACAAAUGAAAUCGCAAAUGCAACAGCAAGGACAGCAGCAAAUGUUACAACAGCAGCACCAGCAGUCACCGUCGCAACAACAACCUCAACAACUUAUGCAGCAGCAGCAGCAGGCACCUACUCCAGUUCCACGAUUGAAACCAAUCUUAAAACAAAGUAUAGCAAGUGUGCCACCAGUUACACCUGCCCUACAAAUUACAUCUGUGACUUCCCAGCCUUGUGUGCCUCCUGUAGUAUCUACUCCAACUUCUACAAAUAACAAUUCUGAUGGUAAUAAUGAUAGUACAAAAACAGAGGAUACAGAUGAUAUUGAAAUGCAAGAUGCUCAACCAAGAUGGCGGAGAAAAAUUCCUGGAUUUAAGGUAAAUAAAAAAUUGAAACGUCUUCGUAUGAACCAGCGUCUAAGAAAAACUUUGCAGCCUAAAAAUGCAAUCAUGGUUUUAAACGAAAUGAAAGCCGGAGUUCAAUUUACAUUCCCUGAAACUCAAAGUCACAUGACAAACUCACUUUAUCUUGUUCAUGCUGAGCUUGAUGGUAAAACUUACGUUGGACAAGGAUUGUCUAAACCACUUGCUCGUCAAAAUGCAGCCGAGAAUGCAUUAAAAGCUUUAUUACUUGAAAAGAUGACGGCAGCAUCUAUGAAAGCACGUAUAGAUGCUGAAUCAGAUGGGCAAGUUAAUUUAUCUGAUGGAGCAGUAAAGGAAGAUAGUAAUGAAGACAGUAUUGCUAUGGACACUAGUACUAAUGAAGACGAAAUUCCAUGGAGUUCACUGGCCAGUUUUGCACUUUAUAAACUUUUCCUUGAAUGGCAUAAUCAAGGAACAUCAGUUCCAGUUCCACGACCUGGUUUGCCAGUUACAAAAGGAGCUAAAAAAGAUAAUCCUAAUACACCUAAAGCUCCCAUUCAAAAGGAACUUCCACCUAAUCCUGUGAAUAUACAUCCAGUUAUGUUAUUGAAUCAAAUGAAGCCUGGACUAACAUAUGCAGAGCUCAGUCGUGUUGGUAAUCCACCAAAUACAAUGUUCACUCUAGCUGUUGAAAUCGAUGGAUGUGAAUAUUCAGGAACAGCUAAAAACAAAAAGGAUGCCAAAAAGGCAGCAGCUAAGGCGGCUCUGUUAGCAUUAUACAAUUUAUCCUAUCCUGAAGAUUUUAAACAGGAAAAUAUGAUAAUUACAUCUGAUAAAGAUCUGUAGUGCAUACACUGAUGUCCAUAUUAUUUUUACAUAUUAACAACCUUGUAUUGUUCGUAUAAUUCUUGCAAUUUAUCUUUACACUAUCAUUAUAUAAUUUCUAUUACAUGUCAAAAUGUAGAUAUAGACUAAGUUACACAAUUCGAAUAAUUUAUGUAUAUG